AUGAGCCCCAAGAAGAAGGCCGCCGCCGCCGCCCGGAGGGGCCCCCCCGCCGCCGCGCCGCCAGCCAGGCCGGUACACCAAGCGGAUGGGAAGGAAGCUGCCAAACCAGGCCACGGCCCUGGAUCCCCGGAAGACCUCCUCGGCCAAGCGGCAGGCUCGGCAGAACUGGGCCAGAUCGUUAAUGGCCCAGUCUCCUUUGACAAAGAGUUCUGCCAGGCUGGGGUCACCGCCAAGAAGGCUCUGGCCCAAGUCAAAGACAGCCAGAUGGGGUUUGGGCCAGGGGCCACCAAGCAGAGCCGUGAACUGAAGGCCUCCCUAACUCUGCAGUGCGCCUUCCGCCGCCUCUUGGCACGCCGUGAGAGGGCACGGAGAUUGAAGGAGCAGCAGGAGUACAAUGAGUUAAUGGAGCGCCUCCAGAGAGAGGCCUUCGUCGCCCUGGUGAAGAGGGAGCAGGAGGAAGCUGAGCGGGAGCGGAAGAAAGAGGAAGAAGCGAAAAAGAAGCAGCGGGAGGAGCAGCAGAGGAGGAAGCGGAUGUUGGAGGCAGCCUUUGAUGGGGACGUGGAAGAGAUGAAGGCCGUCCUCCAAGAGGUAGCAGAUCUGGACACUAAAAAUGGUGUUGGAACAGAUGAGAAGGGGAAGACCAUACGGCUCCAGAACCUACUCAACAUGGUGGAAUGUACAGAUGCCAAUGGCAACACGCCGCUCUCGGAGGCUUCUGGAGGUGGCCACCCUUUGGCCAUUAAGAUGCUGAUAGAAAAUGGAGCCAAUCCAAAUAGUCGGGGUGCAUUUAACCGGACUCCUCUCUAUCGUGCGGCUUUUGGAGGCCAUCUGGCAGCAGUGGAGAUUCUUCUCCAGCAUGGGGCAGACCCCCGACUUUAUGCUGAUGAUGGCAACACCCCAGAGCAGGUUGCCUCUCUAGACAGCUUGGUGGCCAUCCUGAGCUCCUGGGAUAUCAGCCUGACGGACUCGAUGCUUCAGAAGAUGGAGGCAGAGCAGCAGCGGAGGGCCCAGCUGGAAAAGAAGCAAAAAGAAGCAGAGACACACCGAAGAGGGUCGAUGACAGAGGAGGUCGAGCAGCUGGCCAAGGAGCAUGAGAGGUGCAGCAAGGAGCUGCAGCAGGCCUACUGCGAGCUGAACCGGCGGAUAACUGAGCAUGACAAAUGCCAGCGGAAGCAGAUGGGCAACACCGAGAUCACCCUUCACGCUAUUGCGGAUGCAGAAGGGCUGGUGGAUAAACUGCGGGUGGUCGUUGAGAAUGCCGAGGAGAAGCUGUCCCUGGCCCGGCUCAAGCUGCGGGAACAGUUGCAGGGAGGAGCUGCUGAGUUUCAGGGCCUGAAGUGCUCCGUCCAGGAGCUGGACGACGUGCUCUUCAAAGACGUGGGCGGGAAAAUCCAUUCCGAUGGGCGGUGGCCGCUAGUAAUUGAUCCCUCUGGCCAAGCAGCCAUUUUCUUGCGCUAUCGUGACACCAAUUACCUGAAUGCUGUGAAUCCCAGUGACAUGAGCGUGGAAACCAUCCGUCUGGCACUGCUGGGGGCCAUUCGAUAUGGCAAGCCCUUGGUCUUUGACAUGAUGGAAGUGAACAUGUUUGACACAGUGAAAAAGCAGCUGGACCGGCUGGAGAACAGGUACCUGUCCCUGCUCAGGCCAACGGACGGCCCAGAAUACGCAGACACUGAAUUCCAGGCCACUCGGGCGGAGAAGUUCAAGCUCUUUGUGGUCACUAAACGGCAACACCCCCCUGAGGAGCUCCUGCAGGUUCUUCUGCCCAUCCAAGUCGUUCUGCCCAGGAGCAGUCGGUAG